AUGGAUCUCACCAAACCCGUCGAUCCAGUCUUCACCCAGUCCCUUCCCAAAGUCGAGCUCCACGCCCACCUCAGCGGCAGCAUCAGCCGCCAAUGUCUUCACGAACUCUGGGCGACGAAGAAAGCGCAAGACCCGAGCUUCAGCAUCGAAGACCCCUGGGUAUCCAUGCCUCCCGGCAAAGUGGACUACUCCCUGCAGACAUUCUUCCAAACCUUCAACAAAUCUAUCUACCACCUGGUCAAUGACCUCCCCAGCCUGACCUACGCAACCACCUCCGUCCUAACAGACUUCCUCAAUGACGGAGUCACCUACCUCGAACUACGCACCAUUCCCCGCGCAUCUCCCUCCGCAGCAUUCACCAGAGAAGAAUACCUUACCACUGUCCUAGACACAAUCCAGCACUUCCAGUCCUCCGUCUCCGCGGAAAAAAUGUCUGUGUAUCUCAUCCUAGCCAUAGACAGAGGUCACAGCACCGCCUCGGAGGCGCUAGAGAUCGUAGACCUGGCUUUGGCGAACCGCGCCCGAGGUGUCGUUGGCAUCGAUGUCUGCGGAAACCCGACCAAAGGCGAUGUUUCUGUUUUUCGGGACGCUUUUGCAAAAGCCAAGGCGCAUGGGCUGGGUGUUACCGUGCACUUUGCUGAGACGACGUCGUCGGGGUCGUUGGAGGAGUUGAAUACUCUCCUGGAGUUCCAGCCUGAUCGGUUGGGUCAUGUUAUUCAUGUACCGGAGGAGGUCAAGAAGGAAAUCGCCCGGAGACGUCUCGGGCUGGAGCUGUGUAUUUCGUGUAAUGUCCAUGCGAAGAUGUUUGAUGGCGGGUUCUUGGAUCAUCAUUUUGGGUUCUGGAGGUUCGAGGACUGUCCGGUUGUUCUUUGUACCGAUGACGUGGGUUUCUUCUGCAGCCCCGUGUCGAACGAGUACCUGCUAGUCGCGGAGCAUUUCCAGCUCAACCGAGCCGAUCUGCUGAGCAUCUGCAGGAAGUCCUACGAUGUGAUAUUCGGGGGAGAGUCCGAAAAAGAGCGCCUUAAACGGCUUCUAAACGACUUUGAGAUGAGCUACAGUCAAUGA